UAUAUGUAGGCCGAGGAGGCCCAAUUCUUAUAUGCUUCUUGUCUUCUUCCAUCACUGUCGCGGGAGGAUUGAAAUCAACGGAAGGAUUCUACCGGAGCUUCACCGGUUUUCUCUUCAGCUGUGCUUUUUUCCUUGCGUUCCUCUCCGGCAGAGCAGUGCUGGAAGUAAAUGGAGCCUGAAGUUGUGGACGCUGAAUUGGUUUUGCCUAAUCAUUUCAAGUUUAAGAAAAUCCAAAUGUAUGAAAAAUAUCCGAAGGGGCAAGCAAGAGUACGGUGGAAACAUCUCAAGCAGAUUAUUCAAGCAGAGAAUUACCAAAGUCUUCCUCCUGAUGUACCAAAUUAUGUUAACAUUGAAACUCCACCAUCAAUGCAUCCACGCAAACGAAUAUGUGACAUAACCGGAUUUGAGGCACCGUACUCUGAUCCGAGAACCAAGCUCCGUUAUGCGAAUGCAGAAGUGUUCAAGGUCAUACGAACCCUCCCAAAUGAUUACGUCCAACGGUACUUGGCUCUUAGAAAUGCUGCAGUUGUUCUCAGGUAGCUAAAUAUAACCCUUGUUGUACAUUGCCAUUUGCUGGGGAGUUCACUUUCCUGUUUUUGUUAAAAGAACUCUUAAUCUUCUUGUUACAUUGCAAUA